GCCAAACCACGCCCUUUGGCCCACGGCGCGUGACGGCGACAUCUGCAGCCGAACACUGCGCCAAAGAUCGUCGUCUCAGUGUGCGCCCUGAUGCCCCUGCGGCCGUCGGCGCGAGUGAGGCAAUCAUAACCCGCGGUCGACAACACGAUCCGUUCUCCCAACUCUCCGCACAUCGCAGGCAUUAGGCAUUGGGCUCAAAUGCCCGUAUAGUGCAAGAUGGCGUGGACGUUCUUCAGGAUAGCAGCCGAUCUGUCCCACAUCACAGCGAAAUGCAUCCUCAUAUUCUCCAUCCACCGAAACAAGAGCUCUGAGGGGGUCUCCCUCCUCACACAGCUCUUCUACGCCCUCGUCUUCGCUACCCGCUACACAGACCUCUUCAGAGAGUCGUACGCCUGGAACUACUUCUUCAAGGUGUUCUACCUGCUCUCGUCCUUCUACACCAUCGCGAUCAUGCGCUUCGUCUACCCGCGCACGCGCGAGCGCGAGGUGGCCUGGAAGCUGAGCGCACUGAUCCUGCUCUGCAGCCUGGUCCUGUCCCCCUUCGUGAUGCUCAUCUUCGAGCCAUCCAGCUGGUGGGGUUUCCAGGAGUUCCUCUGGGUCUUCUCCCAGGUGCUCGAGUCGGUCUGCGUUCUCCCCCAGCUUCUCCUCCUGCGCCAGACCACCAUCCCGACCGUCAUCACCUCCUUCUACAUCGUCUUCCUCGGCUCCUACCGCGGCCUCUACCUGCUGAACUGGUUGCUUAAGGAGCUCGACACCAACAUGAAGCCGCCCAACCCGGUCUCCAUCAUCUUCGGCAUCAUCCAGACCGCCCUCUACCUCGACUUCGCCUGGGUCUACUGGUCGCGCCAGCGCGUGAAGCUGCGCAACGGCGGCAUCGUCGACGCCGACGACCUCUCGCGCGGCUGGCUGCUGCGCCGCAUCUUCGGCAACAAGCAGUUCGCGGCGCACGACAUCGACGGCAACGAGACCGACGACGACGAGGAGAGCGCGCUGCACGGCAGCCACGGCAACAACCGCCACUACAACCACCACACCCAGACCAGCGGCCGCGGCGGCGUCCGCCCCAAGUGGGGCUCGCGCGGCAUCUCCAUCAGCGCCGACGAGGGCGUGCUCGAGCGCGAGGCCGCGCGCACGUCUCUCGACGACGACCUGCACCGCGGCGGCGGUGGCGGUGGCGUGGCGGACGACGGUGUUCUGGACCCGGACGCCAAGAUGCGCGACCCGGACGAGCUUGCGCGCGCGCUGCAGGACGACGAGGACGACGACGAAGCUGGAGCCGGAGCGGGAGCUGGAGCUGCCUCGUCAUCAUCCUCGGCCUCGGCAGCGGCGGGUCAGCAACAGAACAAGCUGAAGGAGAAGGAGAAGCAGACGCAUAUGCAUACGGACGCGCGGGGGCAUCCCAGCGGCGUGCGGAAUGGCGAUGAGUGGGAUGAUGACUGA